UGAUUCUUACUUCUUAGACUAUUUUGACCAGUCCUCCUCCUACUCUGCAUUUUCGAUCGGAGAAUCCAAGAAUGGAGCCAGAUCUUCACGACCACCAGCAGCAACAGCGAGUCCACGGCGUAGUUAUAAUCACUCUCCCACCGUCCGAUAAUCCUUCCAAAGGCAAAACAAUCUCUGCUUUCACCCUCACUGACCACGAUUACCCACCUGAUAUCCGCCCCGAGGACGAGCGAAACCCGAGUUUUCAACCCGACCCGCUUCACCAAAACCCGCAAUCCGGACUUUGGUUCUCGGAUCUCUCCAUGAGCUCGCCGAGACUAGUGCUGGGUCUUCUCGGAAUCUCGCUUCUCGCGAUUGCUUUCUACGGCUCUGUUUUCCCAAACUCUGUUCAGCUGUUUAGGGUUUCUGAUGAGAGGGACCGUGAUGAGGAUAAUCGCCGUGAAACGGCGUCGUUUGUGUUCCCUGUGUACCACAAAUUGAGAGCUCGAGAAAUUCCUGAGCGUAAUUUGGCGGAAGCUUUGGAUGUAGUAAAGGAAGAGAAUGGAAUCUUUGUGGAAUCAAUUGAACAAGAGCUGGUCAACCCUGUAAAAGUCAACGAUGUUUUUUCUGCAAGCGUUGGUUCUUUGGACUCCUCCACCACCAUUUUUCCCGUCGGUGGAUAUGUGUAUCCAGAUGGGCUCUAUUUCACACGGGUUUUUGUUGGAAACCCUGAAAAAGAUGGACAUUACUUUCAUCUUGAUAUCGAUACUGGAAGUGACUUGACUUGGAUCCAAUGUGAUGCUCCUUGUACUAGUUGCGCUAAGGGAGCAAAUCAACUAUACAAGCCACGAAAAGAUAAGUUAGUUGGAUCUGCAGAACACUUAUGUGUAGAAGUGCAAAAGAAUCAAAUGACAGAACUUUGUGAGAGUUGUCAACAAUGUGACUACGAGAUUGAGUAUGCUGAUCUUAGCUCUUCCCUUGGAGUUCUCACCAAAGAUGAGUUUCAUCUCAAACUCCACAACGGAUCACUUGCCGCGUCUGAUAUAGUUUUCGGGUGUGGAUAUGAUCAGCAAGGCCUACUGUUGAACACUCUGCUGAAGAAAGAUGGGAUCCUCGGUCUGAGCAGAGCUAAAAUUAGCUUGCCUUCUCAACUUGCAAGCCAAGGUAUCAUCAGCAAUGUGGUUGGCCAUUGCCUUCCCUCUGAUCUAAACGGUGAAGGGUAUAUCUUCAUGGGCAGUGAUUUGGUUCCAUUACACGGCAUGACAUGGGUUCCUAUGUUUCACCAUUCUCACUUGGAAGUUCAUCAGAUGCAAGUUACAAAAGUGAGCUACGGGAAUGGUAUGCUUAGCUUAAGUGGCGAAAAUGGGAGAAUAGGGAAAGUCUUAUUUGACACAGGAAGCUCGUAUACAUACUUCCCUAAGAAGGCUUACUCCCAAUUGGUCACAUCACUUCAAGAAGUUAAAUUAACACGCGACGAAUCAGACAAAGCACUGCCUAUCUGUUGGCAAGCUAACUUUCUGAUUAGUUCCUUAUCGGAUGUUAAACGGUUCUACAAACCGAUAACCAUCCAAAUAGGGAGCAAAUGGUGGAUUAUAUCAAGAAAGCUUGUGAUUCAACCAGAGGAUUACUUGAUCAUAAGUAACAAAGGAAAUGUAUGUCUAGGGAUAUUAGAUGGAAGCAGUGUUCAUGAUGGUUCCACCAUUAUUCUUGGAGACAUAUCGAUGCGUGGACGCCUGAUCGUGUACGACAAUGUAAAACGGAGAAUCGGAUGGAUGAAAUCAGAUUGCGUUCGGCCUCACGAGUCUGAUCAAAAAUUACCUUUCUUUCAAGGAUGAAGAAGAUCAACCAUUCUUACAUAUGUGUUUUGUGUAAACUUGACACCUACCACGCGAGUGUUGAAUAGUAGUCCGUGUAAUUAGGUGUAAAUCACACACACUAACA